AUGGGUUUGGCUGACGACGGCAGCUUUGCAGCAAAGCGGAGAGAAGGGAAAUGGGCAGACAAGACAGAAACUGCUACCUGUGUGGAAAGGUGGGACACUUGGCUCGGGACUGCAGCAGCAAGCAGCGGCCAUAAGGGAGAAGCAGCAGCAACGGCUGCUGCAGCAGCGGCAGCAGCAGCAGCAGUAGCAGCAGCUGCAGCAGCAGUAGCAGUAGCUGGAGUAGCGGUAGCAUCAGCUGCAGCAGGAGUAUCAGUAGCAAAAGCAGCAGCAGCAGCAGCAGCAGCAGCAGUUGCUGCUGCUGCGGAAAUAGUAGUAGGAGUAGUGUCGCUCGAGCUCAAGGGUUUCAAAACCCUAAACCCUCGCAAAGUGUAA